UUAGUACGUGCACAUACGCUGUAUUCUUGUCUCGCAGAGGCAACCGGACCGGUAUAGGCGACCUUACAAACCGUUCACUAACGUACUCUACGCGCAUAGCAAAAAUGCAAUCCUGAUGGUGCUGUGAUUUCUUGUGGAUAAACAUGUUGGAGCACAAUAUUGGACCCCAGAAAUCAUGGAGAGGGAAGCAGCGCGUUCGAGGGAAGCAUGGCUGAGCCUACAUCUGAAGCUCUCUCAUCAAUCGUACAUAAGCAACAGCGAUUGUCUAAAUUGCUUGAAAAGCUCUCAGAGCAACUGAGGAACAAUAAUCGAUACCCCUUUCCCCAUUGGCUAAUGCGUGAAAAAUCACCAAACGGCGAGAGACUACCGGAUGACGUGCCACUAGACCUCUCUAUAAAAUCCGAAGUCCCGAAGCCCAGUCCACCACCAGUAUACGCUUGCGAGAUAUGUGGACAAACCUUUACAGUUCACGACCGCCUCGCUAAGCAUAUCGCAUCCCGUCAUAGAGGUAAGGCUUCAAAAUCGUCGCGGGCUUACGAAUGCGACAUUUGCCAUCGUCGUUUCGCUCGUUCCGACAUGUUGACUCGCCAUGCACGCUCUCACAGUGGGGUGAAGCCAUACUCGUGCGCAGUUUGUGGACAAGUAUUCUCCCGCUCCGAUCAUUUGGCUACUCAUCAGAGGACACACACGGGAGAAAAGCCUUACCGCUGCCCAAAAUGCCCGUACGCGGCAUGCCGCCGAGACAUGAUCACCAGACACAUGCGUACACAUACACGGCGACAACAUAUUGCUGAAAUCUAAAUGUUUUAACUUUGAUCCAAGUUAUGCAUUUUCAAUUAUGGAUAUAUGUGGAUUUUAAUACUAAAGAUAUAUCGCCUAAUAUAAUUGCAUUGGUAAGACAUAUCACAUUGCACGGCAUUUGCGAAUUUUAUAAUAUUUGCAAUGCGAUUUGUCUACAGCUUUUUGUUUAGGUAUUAAAAAGUGUCUUAUUACCAACAAAUCACAAAGUUAUAGAUACUGAUAACUUCAGCACCUUUUUUUAAUAUUCGUAAGUCUAUUUUAUUUACCAAUCGUCCGAAUAUAGGAAUAUACUAGGGCUGAAUAAGUUUUACUGAUUUAUGAUUCGAAUAAUUUUAUAAAAUACAUCAAAAUUCUAUAAAUAUUGUAAAACAUUUUCUUUUACGCUACUUUACUCGACUUUUCAAAUUCUGCAGAAUUCACAAAAUAUACCUAACGGUGACGGAUCCUUUUUGUAAAUUAGAUUUUAAUAUUGGUUUAACCUGUUAAUAAAAUUUAAAAUUAAAUCAUAAGAAAUUUUUAAAGUACCAUAAAGGUUUUAUAACUGUAAGAUAAAUGUCGAUCUACAUUCCAGAUUUAAAAAUACAAAUUUAUUCUAAGUAUAUACUAACUAGUCGAUGUACAUAACUAUAUCGACAGACUUUGGAGACCUUGUUUCUCAUUUAGAAUUUCUGGAAUCUUCCUCUUUAAAGGUCUUAAAUUACUUAGGUAUAAGGCUAUUAUGCUAUUAUUUAUUGUUUGUGAACUAAGAAGAGCGGUAAGUGGCAUCAUGCUUAGCGUUUUUAAAAACUAGGAAAAAAAUCGAAAGUGGAGCAUUGGAACUAUUACAAGAGUUUUUAGUUUUAAGAUAAAGAUGAUUAUCGUGUUACUCUAUUGUCCAAGUUCGUCAAUAAAGAGUUAAAUUCGUUGUAGGAUCUUGUAGGACUGUAACGAGAGUAGACAAGACUCCAAAUCCUUGUUGACCGUCAACAGCAGCAAAGCAAAUCAGCAGCUAUGACUAACAUUAUACUGACGUUUAUAAUUUGACGAAACCUUCCAGGUAUGAUUCCGAAGCGAGACCAAGUCUCUCUGAAUCUGGCCCUAGGAGCAUAGUUUGAUCAAAGCCUCGUGUCGGAAUAAUAUGCCAUUUCGUUGCGAUUGGCCGGAGUCGCGUAAUCGGCCAAUCACUAGGGAAUGUUACUUAGCAAGUGAAUUAACAAAUGAGAUUAACAGAAGGGGCUGCUAAUUAUGUUAUUAUUGAUAUAUUAUGUUUGUAAAUAUCUGUAUAGUUGUUAUUAAGAAUACCAUCAAAAGUAGUAUGUUUUUGUGUAGUAUGUAUAAAAUUUAAAUGCAUUUUGUUAUUACUUACAGUUGUAAAUUUAUUAAGUUUCAAUAACUUUGCGUAAAUUAUAAAUGUUUGCUUGUAUAUGUUAUGUUUGUAUUACAUUGUGAUAAAUUGAAUAAGUAAUAUUAAAAAUAUUUUGAGGCUUGAUAAUGUUAUGUUUAAAUGAUGGUACUUAAAUUCCUGCGUCCACAUAAAUUGAACACAGUUGUGAAAACAGAAAAAUAUACCAUUUUAAAAUAAGAUCAUAUAACCUAUUACUAGUUAGGUAAAUAUUAAUGAAUGUGUAAAUCAUAUGUCUAAUAUAUUCUCCCUAUUGUAAGAU